AUCACAAUAUUAUGCCCAUGUUUAACUGUAAGUUUAUUGAUCAUCAAGAGCCCAUGAUGAUGUUAACCCUGAGAUCGUGCGCGACUAAUGACCUUUUAUAUAAGAAGUCUACAACAGCUGAAUUCAUGUUUGUUUUCAUUGCAUCACUUGAGAAUCAACUAAACAAUUAUUUGAAUUGUUUAAAAGCAGUUAUUUUAUUGUGGGCCAGCAUCAUAGCUUUCUAUUCAUCGGUGACCGCUUUCAAGCUAAAUGGUAGGGAAAUACGUGCAGUAAAUUUAAACUAUUGUGGAGGAUUCCUUAGAAAUAUAGAACUAUACAUGGUUUAUGCAGAAGAGGGGGACAAGCUCAAGGAAUUCUUUGAAUUCAUAGACAUUCCAGGAGAUACUGGACCAAUAAAACGUAUGGUGAUACCUUAUAAUCAAACACUGUGUGAAGGAGAAAUGCAGACAAUCGAAUUGCCCGUAAAGAAACUGGGUUUUACACUCGAGCAAUUAACAAAAUUCAAUGAAUCACUACAAGAAACGUCAAGGAAAUGAAUAAAUGGAUAAAUAUGGGAAUUGUUUAAAAGCAGUUAUUUUAUUGUGGGCCGGCAUCAUAGCUUUCUAUUCAUCGGUGACCGCUUUCAAGCUAAAUGGUAGGGACAUACGUGCAGUAAAUUUAAACUAUUG